AUGUCCACAACGAACCCUUCCACGUCCGAUUCUUCUUCAUCCUCUGUGGCUUCUUCACAACAACAACAACGGAGUCUGAAACCAAUGAGUGAAAAUUCUUCAUCCUCUCCAUCAUUAUCAAAGAAAUUAAAAGCCUCUUCUUCUUCUCCAAACAAGGCUUUCACGGAACAACGACAAGAACAACCGAAAUUAUUGCUUGAAAGUGUUCAUUGGAUCUCUACGGAAAAGUCUUCUUCAAUUUUCUCGAUUGAUAUUCAUCCUGAUAAUACACGAUUUGCAACUGCUCAUGCUGGAAAAGUUUGUGUGUGGAGAUCAAGUAAUUAUUUUACUGCGUCCUCCUCACCAUCAUCGGAUCAAAGCAUGGAUGUUCAUUCUAACACUCCGAGUGGUCAAAGUCUUACUGGUAAUAAUAUCAAUAGCAGCAAUACUACUGAAGAAAAUUCAUCAACGACGGUGAGCAGUAGAGCCGAAGACUCGAAUGCAAAUACCAAUUCGACGAAUAGUAUAAGUAGUAAUGCAAAACCCUUGAUAACCACAACUGAUCUCUAUGCAACAGAAAGUCAUCAAGUGAAAACAGUGAAAACAGAUGCAAGCAAGUUUCUUAUCAAGGAAAUUACAACACACAGCUCCAAUGUGAAUUGCGUGAGAUUCAGUCCCAAUGGAAAAUUUCUUGCAGCUGCAUCUGAUGACUAUUCCGUGUCACUUUCUAAGGUCACUAAAGCUGGUACUGAAAAGGAAGAUUGGAAACAUUACAAGUUGUUUAAAUCACAUCAAAUGGAUGUUCUUUCUGUUGCAUGGAGCCAUGAUUCCAGGUAUUUGGCAUCGUGUUCAAUUGAUAAUAAGGUCAUUGUUUACGAUUUGACAUCUAAGAAUGUUGAUGAGCCCAUUUUGAACUCGAACGAGCACAUGAAUCACGUGAAAGGCCUAGCAUUUGAUCCAAUUGGAAGAUAUCUUGUUUCUCAGUCGGAAAAUAUGGCAUGCAUUUGGGCUUUAGUGGAUGGAAAAUUUCAACUUCAUACGAGAAUUGUAGAUCAGUUCAGUACUGCUCCCAUUCUAUACUACAGACCAAGUUUCUCACCUUGUGGAAAAUAUAUUCUCAUUCCUAAUGGGUUUUAUCAAGGGUCAUAUUGUGUUAAAAUUGUACUCCGGGAUGAUAUAUCACAAUUUAUUUCAUACAAGAGUGGAACUGACGCUGUAUCGUGCUCUGUCUUUAAUCCUGUCAUUUUCCAAAAGUCAACCCACACAUUAAUGUUUUUUGCGUGUGCCAGUGAAGAUGCAACCAUAACGAUUUGGUGUACCGAGUCGACUGAGCCCAUUGCGAUACUGAAACAUGUUUGCAAAGAACGAAUUAGUGACUUGGUUUGGAGCACUGAUGGUACCACUCUCUUGGCCAGCUGUACUGAUGGAACAGUCGUUUUAGUUGCCUUUGAGAAGGUUUAUUUUGGAAAAACAAUCGACAAAGAAGCGAAACAAAGAAUGCUCAAAGAAUUUUACGGAACUGAAUGGACAGGAGUUUUGAAAGAGUAUCCAUCCACCUUUUUUUCUAUUCCCAGGGAUGACUCGGUCAUGGUGGCACGAAAAUCAAAUGCAUUAGGUCACUUUCCUCCUUCAUCCAUGCCAUUACUUCCCUAUUCUGCCUCCAAUAAUAAUAUUUCAUUAACAACCAAUACCACCGCUGCAACAAAUAGACCUCCAUCCACCACAGCCAUCCCUAGUACUACCACUACGACAGAAAAACCAAAGAAAACAGAGGCGGUGCAGCAACAACAAACCAUUACCACCACAGCAUCAGGUAAAAAGCGAAUUAUACCAAUCCAUACCGCUGUCGAGGAUGACGAAGAUGAAGACCUUCAACAAAAACCUCCAACAAGUGCUACAGGAGCAGAUGACACUAAUGCCAACACAGGUACACUCAAUGACACAAUGCAACUAGGUUUAGGAAGUGAUGACACUCUGUUGCAGGCGAUGAGUUCUCGAGUGGAUCAGUCAAGAUCCGUUGUUGCCUCAACAUCCUUUGGUUUUGGUCAAUCAACAAACAUUAUUCCGACAGUGAGUGAUUUAGUUGGAGUGACAGUCUCCAAUGCUGAACUGAUUAAGAAGCGAACACGUCAGGAUUUUACCAAUACUACAGAGCAAAAUGCUGCAGCUGGCACUCAAGAAAAGAAGAGCAAAUCGAAGAAGAAUAAGCAAAAUCAACCUCCUACUACUUUAUUGGCCACACAUCGAGACAUCUCUGCCAUACCUACUGAGCCGCUCUAUCUGAAAAUUAGCUCGAGCGAUGAAUUGACUUGCUCUCUUGAGGGACUUGUAGAAUACAAGUCCAAUGGAACCAUUAAAUGGAAAGCCACUGUUUCAGGAACAGGGAGCGAACUAUGCAACUAUCCAAUUCAAGCUGCAGGUACCAAUUACUUUAUAUGUAUUUGCACAUUCCCCUCAAAUCAGUGUCACGUCUUUUCAACACACUCUGGAAUGAGACUCUUGCCACCCAUGAUUCUGGAUUCUAAGGUGGAACAUUUGAAUUGUUGUGGUGAAUAUUUGGUCGUCUACACACUCGAACUCAUGUUUUAUUUGUGGGACAUUAAAAAGGGAAAGUGUCUGGUGAGAGCCAGCGUCGACUCGCUACUCAGUAAUUCAGGUAUUAGCAGCGAGGAGGAUCAGAGCCGAAUUGUCGAUGAUGUAGUGGUCACUUCGAACGGCGUUGGAAUUUUGACACUCAUGAAUGGGGAGUCUUUUGCCUAUGACAUGAAUUUGAACACUUGGAUUUGUGUGGCAGACUCACAUUCCAUCUUUUCACCAUUUCUUUCACAAGGUAGAACGGCAAAUACAGAGGAAGAUGAACUCAAUGCUGAAGAGACAGAAGUGACCCUCAUGACACUUCGUCAAAAGGCAGCUCGAGCCGUGAAAAAGUUCAAAUUGACACAUCCAGAAGCCACCACCGCUACAGCAACCCCAGAAAAUGUAAAUAUUGACAUUAUUGAUGAUUUAGAAAUGGCAAUGACUUCUGCUGCUGCUAUCGGUGACAAGAAUACAUACCUACAUUGCGUCAAGGCCUACGCCAAACACUUGUCGAAACAACAAAAAGACCAUCGACUGCGAGAUUUAUUUAAUUUCCUUUUGGGGCCUAUCAGUUACUCUCCUUUCGUUCAGGGCAACAUUAAGAAUGACACUAUGACCGAUUGGAAUCCCUACAUUGCUGGUGAACAAAAAAGAAGCAUCUUACAGCAACUCAUUAUCAUGCUCAUUUCGAGCUCAGAUUCAGCCAUUCAACGCAUGUGCAGAGAGUACGGAGAGAUACUUUCACGAUUACAACAACAACAGUAA